AUGUCAGCAGUGUUAUCUUCAUUAUUGGCCAAAAAGAAUAAAGCAUUCUCAACCAAUGAUCCACCUGGACCAAAGAUUGAAUUACCAAUCAUUGGUAGUUUACAUUUAUUGGGUGAAAAGCCUCAUCACAGUCUAGCACAAUUACACAAAAAGUUUGGUGGAAUUUAUAAAUUAUGGAUGGGAGAUUAUUAUACGGUUGUAGUUAGUGAUCCACAUUAUAUUAGAGAGAUAUGGUUAAAGAAUAAUGAUAAUUUCAUUAAUCGUCCACAUACUCCAUCCUAUACCAUUAUGUCUGGAAACUUUACUGAUUUGGCAACUGCCGAUGAAAAGGUGUGGCGUCACAACCGUGGUCUUGUAGCUGGUGCUUUCACAAAAUCAAAACUUGGAGGUACUCAAACUAUUAUUGCUCGUCAAUGUAAAAGAUUGAUUGAUAUGAUGAAUUUAUGUGCUACUCAAGGUCAAUCUUUUGAUCCAAAGAUAAAUUCAAAGAAAUAUUCAAUGAAUAUUAUAUCGAGUAUGGUAUUUUCAAGAGAGAUUGCUUAUGGAAAUGAUAACAGUGAAAUAUUGUAUGGUAAAGAUUUUGGUCAAAUAUUAAAACAAAUGGAAGAAGUAUUUAGAGUAAGUGGUACUGGUAACCCUGGUGAUUUCAUCUCCAUCCUUGAACCAUUCUACUAUUAUCAAUUAAAGAUGAUUGGACAAGAGGUUGAUAAAUUAUUAGAAUUUAUAAAGAAUAUUUAUGAUGAUCAUAUUUCUACUCUUGACCCUGAAAAUCCAAAAGAUUUAUUUGAUCAUAUUAUAAUAGAUGGUGGAGAUGAUGUUAAUGGAGUGCUUCGUAUUGGUGGUGAUUUAUUGUUGGCUGGUACAGAUACUAGUUCAAAUACAAUCCAAUGGUUUGUAUUGAUGAUGGCCAAUCAUCCAGAGAUUCAAGAAAAGGUAUUUGCAGAGCUGAAGAAUAGAAUCAUUGAACGUGGUCAUAUUGAAGAAACCAAUGAGAAUGCUGGUAAUAGAAUGGUACACUCUGAUAGAUUAGAGACACCCUAUCUCAACGCAGUCAUCAAAGAAACAAUGAGAAUUCAUCCAAUUGGUCCAUUAUCUAUUCCUAGAUCGGCCAAGAAUGAUAUUGUUAUUGGUGAUUACUUUAUACCUGCCAACACUCAAAUGAUCCUAAAUAUCUAUGCACUACAUCACGAUGAAUCCUAUUAUGACCAACCACAUCUAUUCAACCCUGAUAGAUUCAUCAAUGAAAACAACACUAGUCACUAUCUACCAUUCUCAAUUGGUGCACGUAAUUGUGUUGGUAUGGCAGUUGCCGAGAUGGAAAUCUAUCUUGCAGUUGCCAAUAUUAUGGCCAACUUUAAGAUCAAGUCUGUCGAUGGUAAACAAAUUGAUGAUACCGAAGUAUUUGGUUUGGCUGUAUUCCCAAAUGACUUUAAUAUUCUUUUGGAAAAGAGAUCAAUUUUCUAA